UUUAUUAGUUUAAAUUUUGUGAUACAUUGAAUGUAACUAAUUGGUUGAUCAAGAAAUAUACAGUUUUGGCGAAUGACAACAACGGCAAAACAAAAGAGGAUUCCUCCGCUAGAGGAGUUGGAAGCUCCACUGCCGCCAGAUGGGGGUUGGGGAUGGGUGGUUAUGGUUGCUUCGUUUUUUUCCAACCUCCUGGUUGAUGGCAUCUUAUAUACAUUUGGAAUUUUGUACAUAAAUCUUAUUCAUUCUUUCCCUGAGGCUCACAAGGCCACCAUCUCCAUGGUUGGCUCCCUGCUUGGUGGUGUUUAUCUCAUUGUAGGUAUACACAACCACACAGGGCCAUUUGUGGGCGGGCUGGUCAAUAAGUUUGGCUGUCGAGUGGUUGCAUGCUGUGGUGCCAUUGUCUCGUCUGCAGCAUUCAUCGCAAGUUAUUUCUCACACAACAUUGAAAUGAUGCUCGUCACAUAUGGCAUCUUUGGAGGAAUUGGGUUUGGUCUACUCUACCUACCAUCAAUAGUCAUGGUUGGAAUGUACUUUGACAGGAAGAGAGCUCUUGCUACAGGCAUUGCUGUAUGUGGUUCAGGGCUGGGUACUCUCCUAUUCGCCCCUCUGGCUACCUACCUAUGUGACACAUACGGUUGGAGGGGGGCCAAUCUAAUCAUGGCUGGUCUCAUCCUUAAUGGGCUACCCUGUGCUCUUGUCUACAAACCUCUAAAGGCCAAGAAGAAAAGGAAGAAAAUAUACAUGGAAAAUUACAAAGACUCCAUAAAGAAAGACCCUUCACAGGCCACAUCUACAUCAGAAUUUUUGAAAUUAGACACAGAUCCAACCGCCACAGUUGCAAAGGUUAGCAGCAGCACCGAUGAUGAAGAACUGCCAGAUGUUCAUCCUCUUUAUAGGGCAGAUGUUCUCUAUGGCGGUAGUGUCACUAAUAUAGCCGAAUACAAUGCCAAUCCUGACAUGAGGGCCUAUGUAAAUAGUGUCACAGACAUACCUAGGGCUGUGUCACCGAGCCCUGAAGGUGGGCCCUGUGCUCCCCUGCUCGAUGUCUUGAGAAAAAUGUUUGACUUUACAUUGCUGGCUAGUCCUACAUUCAUAGCUAUUGCACUCUCUGGUGUAUUUGGAUUUAUGGGCUUCUACUCUCCCUUCGUCUACCUGACUGACUACGCUCAAAUCUCAGUAUCAGAACACCCUGAGAGGGCCAACUGGUUGAUAUCAACCAUUGGGCUAUCUAACACGGUCAGCAGGAUUUUGGCUGGCUGGCUGGCCGACAGACCGUGGGCUGAUUCUACACUAAUUCAUAACAUGGCACUGAUUUUGGCUGGGUUGGCCACAUGUUCACUGACAUUUUUCUCGAACAUGGUGGCCUUCUAUGCCUAUGCAAUUACAUUUGGUUUCUCUAUAGCUGCUUUCAUAGCCUUAAGAUCCAUAGUCAUCUGCGAUCUGCUAGGUGUACAAAGGCUGACCAAUGCAUUUGGAAUAGUGGCACUCUUCCAAGGUAUUGCACUUCUACUGGGCACUCCCGUUUCAGGUGCAAUAUACGACUGCACUGGCUCAUACAAAUUAUCAUUCAUUGUCUCUGGGAUCAUGAUGGUUCUAGGAGGAGUCCUCUGUCUACCGGUUAGGAAAAUUAACAGAUGGGAAAUAAGAAGGAACAAGUCACGAGAACCCCUGAUCCAACUUCGAUCAAAUGCCAAGAUUACGAACGAUAAACUCUGGUUGCCAUUCCAAAUCAGAUAA